AUGGCGCCCAGCAGCCGGCUCUCAGCCCCCACAGACGGCUGUGGGCUCCUACGGGUUUCCAGAGCCAGCUUCGAAGAGUUCAACAGCAGGAGGUCAGGUGUGCAUUCUCAGGAGCCAGACUGCUCUGGGAUGGAAGCCGGAGGCAUUGUGAAAGCAGAUGGCCCCGUGAAGCCAGGCCAGCCCUCGAAACCCUUUGCUGUGGUGAAACCUAUGAGAUGUGUGACCCCGGCUUUCACACCUGACCUCGGAGACAGAGACCAAGGCCAUCGUGAAGGAAGGGGAACAGACCUUCACCAAGACCCUGGCCUCCAAGGGAGGCCGAGACGCAUGCUGAGACCAGGUCUGCGUGUGGAGUCGGACCGCCGCGAUGAGCCCAGACACCACGUGGAAUCAGAAGCCACGCAGACCCCAUCCCUCCCUUCUACUGGGGCAGCGAUGGUGCGACUUACAGUACAGCCUGGGGCGGGAGUCCAGGCGCUGCCCGAUGCGUCUGGGUAUUGGGUCCUCACCGAUGCCCCAACUUCUGGCGUCUAUCCCUGCUUGGGGUUCAGACCCUUGGAGGGCUCAACUUUGUUCUUCACGCAGACCCCCUCUGGUACCUUUGUGUACGGGGUCCCAGAAUUUUUUACCCACAUUGCGCAGUGACCUCCGUCACUUGCCACCAGAGUCUGUCUGAGCUGGGUGUUAUUCCCAGGCCAGCCAAGUCCCCAUCUGUCCCCACUCAGCCCUCCCCCUGCCUUAUGUUGUCCAGACUGCACCUGUAAGUUUCUUCCCAGGAUCCUGGCAGGGUCA